GGCGGCGGCGGCGCGGGGCCGGCAGCGGGGCCAGGCCCGGGACUGGGCCCGGCGGUGGCGGCGGCGGCGGGGGGCGGCGGCGCGCUGGGCUGCCUGCACGUCCUGUGGCAGCGGGACGAGCCCGCCGGCAAGAUCCCGGCCCGCCGCCUGCGCAGGGCCGCCCGCCUCCACCGCCGCCUGGGGCCUACGGGCAAGGAGAGCCACGCGCUGAAGAGGCUGCGCGAAGCCGCCAACGGGAACGAUUUGGAUACAGUGCAGCAACUCCUGGAGGAUGGAGCCGACCCCUGCGCUGCAGACGACAAAGGCCGGACAGCCCUGCACUUCGCCUCCUGCAACGGCAACGACCACAUCGUGCAACUGCUUCUGGACCACGGCGCUGACCCAAACCAGAGGGACGGGCUGGGGAACACUCCCUUGCACCUGGCUGCCUGCACGAACCAUGUUCCUGUCAUCACCACGCUGCUGCGCGGAGGGGCCAGAGUCGACGCCUUGGAUCGAGCUGGCAGAACCCCCCUGCACCUCGCUAAAUCGAAGCUCAACAUCCUGCAGGAAGGGCUCUCCCACAGCCUGGAGGCCGUCCGCCUCGAAGUGAAACAGAUUAUCCAGAUGUUGCGGGAAUACCUGGACCGCCUGGGGAGGCACGAGCAGAAGGAACAGCUGGACGACCUCUGCUCGAAGUUACAGAUGACCAGCACAAAGGAGCAGGUGGAUGAGGUUACAGACCUCCUCGCCAGCUUCACGUCACUCAGCCUGCAGAUGCAGAAGAUGGAGAAGAGGUAACGGGCUUCCGACCCACGUCUCUGACCCAGAAGGAGAAGCCUUAGAGAAGAAGGCGCGCUUCGCAGACUGAUGAAUGAACGUUGCCGCCCCUGGCCGUGCCUGCCAGAUCCGCGCUCUGGCUGGUGCUCAGACUGUCCCCGUGGCUGCCUCAUGGGGAGGCAGCGGGGUUUGGACAGCAGAGUUCUGCGGCUGAGACUUUUGGGGAA